CAAUCCAAAUGCUACUGUGGAGACCUAAAUAACCAUCCACUGAUUUAAGGACAUUAAUGGCUUCUAUGAAAGGGUCCGAUCUAUCAACAAUCUCUCUCUCUCACUCCCAUCUUCGAAGAACGUUAAUGAUUAAUGGCUUCUAAUCCAGUGAUCUUAUCCUUGGCUUGCCAUUCAGCAUCUAGAUGCCCUUUUUUUCAUCUCCUUGAAGGCAUGCACAUUGACAGUUGUGAUGUUUUGAAUCAUUCAUUUAAAGCAAGAAGGGUCCGAAAUUUUGUCACCCAAACCUACCUGGCACUGUCCCAAAAGGCCAUACCGUCUCCUUAUCAACAAUAUUACACCAAAUUUAAACAAAAGAUAAUUGUUUGGCCACACUCUCUUCCCAAGGCACUAAGCAAGAACAAGUUGUUAAACAGCCAUGGUUUCUGUUUCUUCUUCUUUGCUUUACUGUCUAUCUCUCCUUUCCUUGUUUCCCAUCAUUUCUUCUUCCAUAACAAUCCCAUUACAACAUCCCCAAACAAACCAAAUCCCGUUUCAAGAUCAAUACCAAAAGCUGAACCACCUUGUCACCACCUCCCUAGCAAGAGCCCGCCACCUCAAACAUCCCCAAACUACCCCUGCAACCACCACCACCACCACAGCCCCUCUCUUCUCUCAUAGCUAUGGAGGCUACUCAGUUUCUCUCAGCUUUGGCACUCCACCCCAAACCCUCUCUUUCAUCAUGGAUACUGGAAGUGACAUUGUCUGGUUCCCUUGCACCUCUCACUACCUAUGUAAGCACUGUUCUGUCUCCUCCUCCUCCUCACCAUCAUCAAGAAUCCAACCUUUUAUCCCUAAAGAAUCCUCAUCUUCCAAGCUUCUUGGAUGCAAAAACCCUAAAUGCUCUUGGAUCCACCGCUCAAACAUAAACUGCGAUCAAGACUGCAGUAUUAAAUCCUGCCUCAACCAAACUUGUCCACCUUAUCUGAUCUUCUACGGAUCAGGCACAACUGGAGGCGUUGCAUUAUCAGAAACUCUCCAUCUCCAUAGCCUAUCAAAACCCAACUUCCUUGUGGGGUGCUCCGUAAUCUCUUCCCACCAACCCGCGGGAAUUGCUGGAUUUGGUCGUGGACUUUCAUCUUUACCGAGUCAACUUGGUCUAGGUAAGUUCUCUUACUGUUUACUCUCUCAUAGAUUCGAUGAUGACACCAAGAAGAGCAGCUCUUUAGUUCUCGACAUAGAACAGUUAGAUUCUGAUAAAAAAACCAAUGCCUUGGUGUACACUCCAUUUGUGAAAAACCCUAUAGUUGACAACAAAAGUAGUUUCUCAGUUUAUUACUAUUUGGGUCUCCGGCGAAUCACCGUCGGCGGCCACCAUGUGAAGGUGCCUUACAAGUACUUGUCACCGGGAGAGGACGGCAAUGGUGGGGUCAUCAUCGACUCAGGGACCACGUUCACGUUCAUGGCACGUGAGGCUUUUGAGCCACUGAGUGAUGAGUUUGUUAGACAAAUUAAGGAUUACAGGAGGGUUAAGGAAAUUGAGGAUGUGAUAGGGCUAAGGCCUUGCUUCAAUGUUUCUGAUGCCAAAACGGUGUCGUUUCCUGAACUGAGGCUGUAUUUUAAGGGUGGUGCUGACGUGGCACUGCCAGUGGAGAAUUAUUUCGCAUUUGUCGGUGGUGAGGUGGCGUGCUUGACUGUGGUGGCGGAUGGGGUGGCGGGGCCGGAGAGGGUGGGUGGGCCUGGGAUGAUUUUGGGGAAUUUUCAGAUGCAGAAUUUUUACGUGGAGUAUGAUUUGAGGAAUGAGAGAUUAGGGUUCAAGCAAGAGAAAUGCAACUGAUUCUUAUUGUUAAAGAUUUGUAAUUGUUUUACCAUGAACAUUCCAUGUGUACUACAGAUGGAGGGGAUAAAGGAAAAAAUGUGGUAAAUUUUAUAUUUAUGUAUUUAUUUCUGGGA